AUGAACGAUUCAAUCAUAAUUAUUCCUAAAGUCCUUCCAAUUGUUCCAAUUAGGAAUAAAGUUUUAUUACCUGGAUUGGCUCUUCGACUUCACAUUGGCCGUAAAGAGACGGUUCAAUUAAUGCAAAGAAUUUAUAAAUCUGCUGACAAUAAAGAGUCGAAGUAUAUUAUUGGUUGUGUACCAGUUCAACCACCUCAUAAGUCUGAGCCCAAAGAUACCAACAAUUCUUCGAAUAUUCCUUUUACUUUGACACGGAAUGUCAACAGAAAUUCUACACCAAAAAAGACAAUUGAAGAAACCUUCAAUCAAGCAACACAGCCCUCAGAUUUGCAUGAAUUUGGUUGUGCUGCUCGAAUAAUUAAAUUGGAAAGAACAGUUGGGGGUGGUUUUAUAGUGGUCGUCGAAGGAGUUGUUCGUAUUCGUGUUGACAGAUAUGUCCUUGAAAGACCAUACCUUGAAGCUGAAGUGACCACCUUCCCUGAAAUUUCUGUUUCUAAUGAUGAUCAAGAAUUGCAAGAGCUUGUCAUAUUAUUAAAGUCAACUGGACGUGAAUUACUUGCAUUAUUACAAGAUUUGAAACUUCCAACUUCUGUUCUUACCCAACUUCAAAAGUUUAUAGAAAAUGCUUCUUCCGGAACAUUGGCUGAUUUAUUGAUUAGUACGAUCGAUUCUUCGUAUGAAGAAAAGCUGCAAAUUUUAGAUGCCCAUGAUUUGAAAUCCCGUAUGUCAACUGCAAUUGAACUCUUGACAAAACAAAUACAUGUAUUAAAGAUCUCUCAAAAAAUUCAUUCAACGGUUGAAGGAAAAUUGAGCAGGAAACACAGAGAAUUUUAUUUACGACAACAACUUAAUGCUAUUAAAGAAGAAUUGGGUGAACAAAACGAUUCACCUAACGAAGAAGACGAAAUUACAGAUUUAACGAAAAGAAUACAAGAAGCUGGGCUCUCAGUAGAAGCUGAUAAAGCUGCACAAAGAGAGCUCAAACGCCUUAAACGUAUGCAUCCAACUCAGGCAGAAUAUCAAGUCGUCCGUACUUAUCUAGAAUGGCUUUCAGAAAUUCCAUGGAGUAAAUCCACCACUGAUAUUUUAGAUAUUCACAAAGCACGUCAGCAGCUUGAAGAUGAUCAUUAUGGCCUUGAUUCAGUUAAGAAACGUGUUUUGGAAUACUUGGCCGUUUUAAAAUUGAAAGAAGAUCUGAAAGGACCAAUUCUGUGUUUACUUGGUCCUCCAGGUGUUGGUAAAACUUCAUUGGGUAAAAGUAUUGCAAAUGCGCUCGGACGUAAAUUCCACAGAAUUUCUUUGGGUGGAGUGAGGGAUGAGGCUGAGAUUCGUGGACAUCGUCGAACUUACAUUGGUGCCAUGCCUGGACUCAUCGCCCAAGGUCUUAGACGUGUCGGCGUUAAAAACCCUGUAUUUUUACUUGUUGGUCAUUUGAGUAAUCAUGGAGACCCAUCUGCUGCUUUGCUUGAAGUUCUCGAUCCAGAACAAAACAAUACUUUUAACGAUCAUUACCUUAAUGUCCCCCUUGAUUUAUCUAAAGUUUUAUUUAUUGCUACAGCUAAUCAAGUUGACACGAUACCCCCUCCUCUUCUAGAUCGUAUGGAACUUAUAACUGUUCCAGGAUAUACAUUUGAUGAGAAAAUAAAUAUUGCACAAAGGCAUUUAUUACCAAAGCAAAUAAUAAAUCAUGGUCUCUCAAUAGGAGAUGUAAAGAUUUCUGAUAAAUUGUUACUCAAAAUUGCUUCCGGUUACACCAGAGAAGCCGGUGUUAGAAGUUUAGAAAGAGAGAUUGCGAGUGUAUGUCGAGCAAAAGCUGUGGAAUAUGCCGAUGCAAAAGAUAAGGACGAAUUAUAUGGUUACUGCGGGGUAAUUUCUGAGGAAGGAGUUGAAAACAUCUUGGGGGUUACUAAAUACGAUAAUGAAGUUGCUGAACGCACUGCAAGACCAGGUGUAAUAACUGGGUUAUCAUGGUCAGCAUCUGGAUCCGGUGGUAUUUUAUUUAUUGAAGCUACCCAAAUGGCUGGAAAAGGCAACCUUCAAUUAACAGGUAAGUUGGGAGAUGUAAUCAAAGAAUCAGCCACCAUCGCACUUUCAUGGGUGCGAUCACAUGCUUUUCAGUUGGGAAUCACAACAUCGGAAACCGAAUCCACGUUUUUCUUUCAAAGAGAUGUCCAUAUACAUUUUCCUGCAGGUGCAGUAGGUAAGGAUGGACCGUCAGCCGGUGUAGCUUUGACAACUGCACUUGUUUCUUUAUUCACGCAUCGGCGUGUGCCACCAACAACAGCGAUGACGGGAGAAAUUACUCUACGUGGUCAAGUAUUACCCGUAGGUGGUAUUAAAGAAAAAGUAAUUGCUGCACAUCGUGCAGGUAUUAAAAAAGUUAUCCUACCUACAAGGAAUCGAAAAGAUGUUGAAGGAGAUGUACCAACUAAUGUGAAGAAUGAAAUCAAUUUUGUUUACGCAAAUAGUAUUUUCGAUAUUCUUCAAGCUGCUUUUGAAGGAGAAAAAAUUUGGAUCGAUUCUGCUUCAGUUGUAGAAUUUGAAAGUCGACUUUAA